CUCGCUCUGUGAGCUUUUUGGUUGUGAAAUGAGACGACGGUGUAUAAAAGGAAGUGCAUCUUGCGGUGCGGCAAUACAGAUACUUGAGCGGUUUCCCGCCUGGAGAAAAUGGCCCUUGAGAAGACCUACACCAUCGACAGCAACUCCAUUCCUUGGGUUCUGUGGCUACCACCAGUAACAGCAGCGGAGCGUGGUACGCUCACAUUUCAUGGGCCACAGGUGGUGGCGUUUCACUUUGCUAAGAACCGGCACGGAGACACGUUGGACAAGUGGACAAAGCUGCUCGGCGAGGUGGCCCAGGAGUACGCCGGCCGGAUAUUGUUCGGCUUGCGUGACAUCUCCAGCAUAGGGGAGUUCUAUGCGAAUCUGAAUCCGGAGGACUUUGGCAGCUACCGGAAGGGAUUGCCACCGCGUAUCUAUGGCAAGGACUGCGAGGGCCGAAUCUACGACAUGCACAAGCUGGUCAGCGCCAAGUACCUGCGGGAGUUUUGCGACCAGCUGCUGGGGGAUCAGCUCUUCCGUGCCGUAGUCCUGGGCGCCACUCCGUCGCUGGACUGCAAGCCAAGGAAUUUCUUCGAGCUGCGGGAGGAGAGCAGCAGCGAUGUACUGGUGAUGUUAUACGAUCCCGCCUGCUACUACUGGCCCAUCCAGAAGCGGAUGCUGCGCAAGCUGGUCUGCCUGCUGUCCAGCGAGGAUCUGCCCAUUGUGAUCGUGGACAAGGCGAAUAACUACCUGGGCGUGGACUUCGCCCGCAGGUUGCAGAUGGUCAACUGUCACGGCUCCAUCAUCUUUACCUCGCCACGUCGCGAUGGCUGGAACAACAUCAAGUUGUCGGUGCGAAUGGAGAGCACACGUGGCUAUCUGCGAUACAUUGCCCGCAACAGGCAGCCGGAGCUGAUUGACUUCGAUGCCGAGGGGGAACCCAGAGCACCGGAGCAUGCCAUGGAGUGCAUCCAGUACCUGUUUUAGAUCUCGACUCUAAGUGCGUGGCAAGUCACACAUUAAACCUAUAAUCUAUAAUCCUUCUUUAGCCUAAGAUGGCUUUUUUCGGGUUGGCAUCCGUUAGGCAUCGCAAUACUAAAAUCAAAUGUUGAAAUUAAACAUUAUUACCAA